UUCCGCUAUCUUUCAAAGUCCUUCGUUCGCUCCCGAUCUGUGCCGUUUGAAUGCGUUUACCGUGCAUUUCAGGAUAUAGGUGUGUUGAGCAUAUUCCUUAUAUGAGUAGCAAAGCCAUGUUGAGUGGCCUGUGCAGUGAUGUCACGUGGGAGGAUGUUGCUGUUGAGGAUGAUGCUGUUGAGGAUGUUGCUGUUGCUGUUGAGGAUGAUGCUGUUGUGCGCAUGCGCAGAAUAAACGGUCAGUGAGUUCCCAGACCAAAGAGACAUGGUAGUCUGCCCUUUUUCUCCCGUGAAUGCUAGCUACUAGGAGCUACUAGCUAACCACUUUGGUGACUGUAAUAACGAAGAUAGCUGCAGGAAUGUCUAACGCUACAGGUUAUGGGCCCAGUCAAUCAGGCCAAAGGUGGUUCAGACUUUUAUUCGAUGGUGAUGAGAAAAAUUACGAGCUCUGGGAAACAAGGUUCCUCGCGCACAUUGAGUUAUGUCGCCUCAGAGAAGUUAUCUCAGAAGACCCGGAGAUAGCUGAGGAUGACGAAGAAGCUCUCGCGGAAGACGAGGAAAAGAACGGUGAGGCAUAUGCAGAACUAGUGCAAUGUCUAGACAACAAGAGCUUGUUAUUGGUAAUGAGGGACGCGAAACGUGACGUAAGAAAAGCACUGAAUAUUCUUCGCGAGCACUAUGCGGGAAAGGACAAACCCCGCGUUGUGAGUUUGUAUUGUGAACUUUCCUCGCUCCAUAAGGCUAGCAAUGAAACUAUCACGGACUAUAUUAUUCGAGCAGAGACUAUAUUCACAUCAUUGAGAAGAGCAGAGGAGCAUAUUAGUGAUGGGCUUCAGAUGGCUAUGGUAGUAAAAGGACUACCUGAUUCAUACAAGCCAUUCAUCGUGUACAUCACUCAGACAAGUGACACUGUAACGUUCGGCGAGUUUAAAACAAAACUGCGAAGUUACGAGAGUACUGAAAAAUAUGGGAAAAGUGAUGUGAAUGUUGAAGAAGACAACGUGAUGAAGACUAGCGGGGCAACGAGGUCACGAGGAAGAGGGAAGAAAAUGGACAUGGCUGAUGUCGAGUGUUACACGUGCGGUAAAAAGGGACACAUGGCCAGGGCAUGUCCUGACGGUUACCAGGUGAGAAGAGAGGAACGAAAAUGGGACACACCACAGCGAGGAAGGGGACGCAGCCGAGGACAAGGCCGUGACCAUGUGAAGAAAGCUGAUGGAGAGACAGAGGCAGAGCAUACAUCUUUCUGUUUCAGGAUGAGUGACUGUCCUGCACAAAGAGGAAACAAGAAGGGUCUCAUGGUCGACUGCGGCGCCACAACACACAUGAUCAACGACGCCACAAAGUGCAAAACAGUUGACAAGAGCUUCAGACCGGAGGACCACAUGAUCGAGCUCGCUGACGGAUCCAAGGUGAGCGGGAUGGCGAAGAUGAGGGGAGACGCCGAAGUCUACUUGCUGGACAGCGAGGGACGACAGGAGCUGCCAAGCCAAGGUGGUGGGGUUGGUGCCUCCGGGUGUUGGUGUCUCCCUUCGUGUGCUGUGUAGUUUGGUGUGCCCCUGGUUAGGAACCCUCACGUGUGGUUGUGUGUGUGAGUGUUGUGUACACGUGUGAUCGGGGUGCCUCCUCUUUUGGGAUCCUCACCUGCACUGGUCCACCUCGCCACUGGUAAGCCGCAGUCCUACUCCUCUUUUAGUAUUUUGUGUAUAAACCAUAACGGUGAAUUAAUACUGUAACAGAAUAAAGAUUAUUUUUGUAUUGGAACCACGUCUCAGGCUAAUCUGUAUAAUGAACCUGAAGUGUCCUCUGAA